CAGAGGGGGGAAAGAGGAGGAGGAUCCGGAGGAGGAGGAGGAUUCGGAGGCUCCGCAUCCCUGAGCCAUGGAGGCCAUCUGGCUCUACCAGUUCCGCCUCAUCGUCAUCGGCGACUCCACGGUGGGCAAGUCCUGCCUCAUCCGCCGCUUCACCGAGGGCCGCUUCGCCCAGGUCUCCGACCCCACCGUCGGCGUGGACUUCUUCUCCCGCCUGGUCGAGAUCGAGCCCGGGAAGAGGAUCAAGCUCCAGAUCUGGGACACCGCCGGGCAGGAGAGGUUCCG